CUCGACUUCACUUUUUUACAAUGGAUGAUUCAACUGAAGUAGACAACGGAAAGAUUGUAUACGACUGGAACCCACCCACUGGUAUCAUCGAUCAAUACUAUUACCAUGGUGAAACCAUUACGCAAGAAGAGAUGCGCAAGAUGUUUUCCCACUCCAAAAUCAAAGAAUAUAAAGGACAUAAAGAAAAAGUACAUACGGUAGCUUGGAAUUGUGAUGGACGACGACUCGCUUCUGGUUCAGUAGACAAAACUGCUCGUGUUUGGAUUCCUCAUCGUGGAACGGAUAUACGAUAUUCUACUGAACUCAAAGGACAUACAGAUAGUGUGGAUCAGCUGGACUGGGAUCCUACUCAUCCUGAUCAUUUGGCAACAGCAUCUUGUGAUAAAACAGUACGUAUUUGGGAUCAACGAUCUGGAAAGUGUACCGCUGUGGUCCAAACGGGCGGUGAAAAUAUCAAUGUCUGUUGGAGUCCUGAUGGGGAUAAUAUUGCUGUUGGUGACAAAAACGAUACCAUUAGUAUCAUUGAUACACGAACAUUCACUAUCUCCAUGACACAAAAACAUAAUGUUGAGGUGAAUGAAAUUGCAUGGAACAAGGCCAACAAUCUUUUCUAUGUUACCACUGGUCAAGGCACAGUGAAAAUAUAUGAAUAUCCUUCUCUCAAACUUUUACAAUCUUUACGUGGUCAUACAGCCAAUUGUUAUUGUGUGGAACCGGAUCCUACAUGUAAUUAUCUAGCUGUUGGUUCUGCUGAUGCAUUGGUCACUCUUUGGGAUAUCAAAUCAAAUGUUUGCUUGCGUACCUUUUCUGAACUUAGUUGGCCUGUACGCACAUUAAGCUUUAGUUAUGAUGGUCAAUAUAUUGCUUCUGCUUCUGAAGACAAUUUUAUCGACAUUUCUCAUGUGGAAACUGGACAAUCUGUACAUCAUGUUGAAUGUGCUGCAGCAAUGAACACAGUGGCAUGGCAUCCAAGGGAUUAUUAUUUGGCAUAUGCUGGUGAUGAAAUGGGAGCAGAUGGAAAAUACUCUGGGAAUCUCAGGAUUUUUAGUAUCAAGGACCAAAGGGAUCAAUAACAAAUGCCUUUAUAGAAAUAGAUAUCAUUCCAACAAAAUAAAUAAUCCUAUCUUUUGUAUAUAUAUAUAAUAUUCUUCAUAUCUUUUUUUUUAUUAUUACUAUUAUUAGUUAUUUUACAUCGUAUCAAAAUAAAUAUAUAUUUUAUUUUAUUUUA